AUGGCGUUUUCAAGAUUUGCAGCUUUGUUGGUUAUGGUUUUGGUGGUGGAAUCUGCCUUGGCACAAAUUCCAGAAUUCGCACCUAAGUUGGCACCUAUCAAAGCUCCGGAGAUUGCUCCUGCUCCAAAGUAUACUGUUCCACCACCACUUGUUCAUGCUCCUACUCCUUCGGCAAUCGCUGCUCCUCCUCCUCCUACUACUCAUGAACCAGCACUAGCUCCUGCUCCAAAGAAGGCAUCACCGGCACCGGCGCCUUCAGUGAAGCCUCCAACUUCCGCCGAGUACAACUUGACUCCAGUAGCAAGCCCAAAGGGAGCACCAACAAGUGCAGCUGAUUCUUACAGAGUAGGAGCAGCUGCUCUCUUGGCCGUCGUCUCCGCUGCCUUUCUUUUGUAG